CCUCCUCCCCUCUUCGUCCCUCCGCCCCGGAGCGACUCGCUGCUCGACACGCAUAAGCAUUCACUCGCCGUUACUCACCACUCGUUCGCCAGUAGUGUGGUUAAACUGUUCAGUUUUGAUUUGAAAAUGGCUAAUAAGGGGAAAUGGAAGUUAGAUACAACUUUGAAAUUUAUUCACUGUUACAAAUUACAUGAAUGCCUGUGGAAAUUUACAUCUCCCGAUUAUAAAAACAAGAAGAAACGUGAUGUGGCAUAUAUCGCAAUAGUGAAUAAAAUGAACAUCAAGAACUUUGGAAUUCAAGAGGUAAAGAACAAGAUAAAAAACUUAAGAUCUACAUACAGUCAAGAGUUGAAAAAAAUUGAGAACUCAAAAAAAUCGGGCGCUGGACUAGACCAUGUUUAUAUUUCAAAUAUAAAGUGGCUGAAGGAAAUGGAAGAGGUAUUCAUGAGUGAAUUGAAAAGAAAGAAAAGAAAUACAUACAAGAAUAUUCCAUCAGUAACUCUAGUCCCAGAACAACUAGUGCCACCAGAAAGUGGUUCACAAUGUCCAGCUGCUGCAGGAGAAGAAAUCUCCCAACAACCUACGAUUACUACCGCUGCCACCACUGCAAAUACUCCUUUGCGACCAAAAAAGAGGUCUAGAGUAAUUAUAAAUGCCAUUAAUGAAUUAAAGACACUGCACCAUCAAGUACACGCUGCAGAAGAAUCAUCAUUCGAUGUAUUUGGUAAAAGUGUGGCAAUACAACUAAAAAACUUUUCUGUGGAAAAUGCAUUAUUGGCUCAGCAGAAAAUUCAAUGCAUUUUAACUGAAAUUGGUAUAGCAGAUUGUAGAGAAAAGAGAGGAAAAAAAACAAACACAUCAACAGUAGCGUCCAUAGAUGAUACGAUUGAAUCCGCUCUGUUGACCGCUUUUAAAAGCAAUACGACUGAAUAAUAUGAAUAAGUAGUUUUAGUUUUGAUUACGUAGUUUUAAUUUUUGUAAGGGAUAAGUUUGAAAAAUAAAAAAAAUGUUUUUUUUUUUAAUAAAGUUUUAUUUUAGCACUUAUACAU